AUGAAGACCCCAGCGGAGCUGGCCAUCAGGGGGAUGCAGACCCUCCAUGUUCAGCACCGCUGCUGGGACGGCUACCAGAUCAAGGUUCGACCAUCAUUUGUGGAGGAGACUUUGUUUGGCAGCCCUGCAGGCACCUGGCCCACACCACCAGACUUUGACCCAGCCUGGAGGAAGGCCAACAGAACCAGAGGAGUGGGGACAGGGGCGUCACAGGCAUCGGGGACCAACGGGAGCUGUGAGUCCACCUCCUCCAGUGGCAGCACCCCAACCCUCACACCAAGGAAGAACAAAUACAGAUUGACCAGCCAGACCCCUUCUUCCUGUGGUGAGUCUCUGGCUCCUGACGUGAGAGCGCCGGCUGUGAGGCCAAGUGAAUGGUGA